UUUGGGGUGUCAUCUUUCGUUGCUGAUUUUGGUUGGGCUGUGGAAGACGUGUUGUGAAAGAUGUCGUAUCAAAAUACUAUAUCGUCCAAACAAGCCACAAGAGAGCAUGUUUUGGCAGUUUCCCGUGAUUUCGUGUCUCAACCAAGACUCACUUAUAAAACUGUGACCGGUGUAAAUGGACCGUUGGUUAUUUUGGACGAUGUCAAGUUUCCCAAAUUCAACGAGAUCGUCCAACUUAAGCUGGCAGAUGGGAGCAUACGUUCGGGGCAAGUUCUGGAAGUCAGCGGCUCCAAAGCCGUCGUCCAGGUGUUCGAAGGCACCUCAGGAAUCGACGCCAAACACACUGUUUGUGAAUUCACCGGUGACAUCUUGAGAACUCCUGUCUCUGAGGAUAUGUUAGGGCGAGUCUUCAACGGCUCAGGAAAACCCAUAGAUAAAGGCCCUCCAAUUCUCGCCGAGGACUUUCUGGAUAUCCAAGGUCAACCCAUCAACCCUUGGUCGCGUAUCUACCCCGAAGAAAUGAUACAAACAGGUAUUUCUGCUAUUGAUGUUAUGAAUUCUAUUGCCAGAGGACAGAAAAUCCCCAUUUUCUCUGCCGCCGGUCUGCCUCACAACGAAAUCGCCGCUCAGAUUUGUAGACAAGCUGGUCUUGUCAGAGUACCCGGAAAGUCCGUACUCGACGAUCAUGAAGAUAAUUUUGCUAUCGUUUUCGCGGCUAUGGGUGUUAAUAUGGAAACUGCUCGAUAUUUCAAACAAGAUUUUGAAGAAAAUGGUUCUAUGGAAAAUGUGUGUUUGUUCUUGAAUUUGGCCAACGAUCCGACCAUUGAGAGAAUUAUUACGCCACGUUUGGCGCUCACAGCUGCCGAAUUUUUGGCCUACCAAUGUGAGAAACACGUACUCGUCAUCUUGACCGACAUGUCUUCUUACGCCGAGGCGUUGCGUGAGGUAUCCGCUGCCCGUGAAGAAGUACCUGGUCGUCGUGGUUUCCCCGGUUACAUGUACACCGAUUUGGCCACAAUUUACGAGCGUGCCGGGCGUGUUGAGGGCAGAAAUGGCUCAAUUACUCAAAUUCCUAUUCUUACUAUGCCUAACGACGAUAUCACUCAUCCUAUUCCUGACUUGACGGGUUAUAUUACCGAAGGACAAAUCUACGUCGAUCGUCAGUUACAUAACAGACAGAUUUAUCCACCAAUCAACGUGUUGCCUUCCCUGUCCCGUUUGAUGAAGUCCGCUAUUGGUGAAGGUAUGACCAGGAAAGAUCACUCUGAUGUUUCCAAUCAAUUGUACGCUUGCUACGCUAUUGGUAAGGAUGUGCAAGCCAUGAAAGCUGUCGUCGGUGAAGAGGCUUUAACGCCUGAUGAUCUCUUGUAUUUGGAAUUCUUGUCCAAGUUCGAGAAGAACUUUAUCACACAAGGAAGUUAUGAAAAUCGUACUGUAUUUGAAUCGUUGGACAUUGGUUGGCAAUUACUCCGUAUUUUCCCGAAGGAGAUGUUGAAACGUAUUCCUGCAGCCACCCUGGCCGAAUUUUACCCAAGGGACUCACGCCAUUAGUUUUUUGUUAUAAUCCUACUAGGUUUGUUUUAAAAAUCCACUUAUUUUUAGCCAUUUUUUUGGGCCAAUUAUGGUGCAAUUUUGUAAAUACCAAAAAACGUAUCGUACUUCAUUUCUUUCCUUCAUUUGUAUAUUGUAAAUUGAAAAUAUUACCUCCAUUAACAAAUAAUUUAAAACAAGUAGUACAAGACAAUAUGUAAAAUAUCACGAUAGGCAUUGAUAUUAUUGUUGUUAAAUAUCAAUAGCACAUUUUUUUCUCCUUUCUUUGCUAAGAAAACAAAGUGGAAGCUACGACAUUCCAUUACUAUAAUUCUUGUUAUUAAUGUUGUAUAAAGCAAUACACCAACCAGCUUUCAGUAUUUUUAUUUUUAGUUGUACAUUACGCGGUGAAUGGAAAUUGCUAUGUAGCAUUUGACAACUCUUUUCGGUGUUAAUAUCUAUAAGUAAACAACCUUAUGUCUAGAUUAGUGUAAAAAAAAAUGUGAAUAAAUGUUCAUAUGAUGUUACA